ACGGGCCUGUGUCGGUGUGUUGAUGUGACAUCCGUUACCUUGAGUAAAUGUCAUCGAAUACAAGCGCUUGUUAUAUCACUAUUGAGCACGUGAAAUGGUUGUUGUGUAAAUUCUAAACUGGUUAUUAUUGCAUUAUAAAUGGAAGUCAUGGAUGUUCCAGGUAAAAAUGCCAUAAGACGAGAUUCAUUGGCAACAAUCGCUCUGGGUUCUGAAGAGGAUCCUCGCGUUUAUUGUCAGCCAUGCGAUCCAGAUGGAUCUAGACUUCCUGCUUAUGGAUAUUGUACGAACUGCUCAGAACAUUUGUGUGAAACAUGUUACACACUUCACAGAAAACAUAAAUUGUCAAGAGAUCACACUCUACUAGACAAAAGCAGCAUGCCCCAGAUCCUGUCACCUGUUACUCCAACGCAGUCUGAAAAUUUCACCAAACCUUGUCCUACACACAACAUGGAGAUGAUCAAGUUUUACUGCCAUGAUCACAAGACUCUCCUCUGUAGUGUUUGUGUAACACUGGAUCAUAAACUAGCAUCUUGUCAAGUCAAAUAUAUACCUGAUAUUUCAGACACAUUCAUCAACAGCACAGAAUAUCAAGAUAUAUUGAAGAGAAUUAAUGACGUAAGUGAGAUAUCUAACAAAACACUUCAAGACACAAAGAAAAUGAUUGAAAACUCAGACGAAUCUUUGACACGUGCAUUAGAAGACUUUAUGAAAUUUAGAACAAAAUUCGACCAGAGAUUAAAUGAACUAGAAAGACAAGUCAAGGAGGCAGUAGAAGUCAAUCAAGAGGACAACAAGAAAAAAUUGACGAAACUAGAAACAAAAUGUAAAGACGUUUCAAAGUCCCUUAAGUCAUCCUCUGGUGCCAUUCAACGCUUGAACAGAUCUACACAAGCUAACGACAUGUUUAUAGAGAUGAAACAUGCAGAAGAGAUUAUAAAAGAUUUCCAAUAUCAGAGAACUAUGGCUACGCUCUACGAUCAAAAUAUUGAAGUAAAAGAUUACAACUUUGAACCGAAUGAGGUCAUAUCAUAUCUGCUGGAUGAAGAGUUUUCAUUGGGAACAUUACAAAGUGAAACAUUGAUAAUCCCGGAUAUGAAACCCAGACAAUCCUCAUACAUGGAUAAAAUCUGUGUCCUAACAUCAAACGCUAAAGGUCGUGUGUGCUGUAUACAAGGAAUGACUCUCCCGUAUCCCAAUACUCUAAUCCUCACAGAUGACUACGUGUUAAAAAUGGUUGAUAUAAAAACACAGUCGGUCAUAGCUGAACAUUUCUUUCAAUACACUCCUCUAGAUGUUGCAUCGGUGGCACAUAAUAGACUUGCUGUCGUACUACUAGGCAAUGAAAGUAUACAGUUCAUGUCAUUUGCAAGCAAGAAAUUCAAGAUGAAUCACACUGUGAAGGUUGAUGGACAAUGCUGUGGCAUUAGCUGUCAUAGAAAUCAAAUGGUGGUGACAUUUCAGGACCCUCCAAAAGUUCAAAUUCUUCAGAUGAACGGGACUGUAUUACACACUAUCGAAGAUAGAUCUAUUUUCAAGAGCCCAAUGUUCGUCACAACAUGUGAUAGUUCUGUCUAUGUAUCGGAUUAUAUUAUGGAGACAGUUACCAGAUUCAACUGGAAGGGUGAGAUGGGAGACAGAUAUGCUUGUAGAGAUAAGCCUUAUGGGUUGACAAUGUCAGAAAAUGGCACUGUGUUUGCUUGUGUUGGAAACGGUACCAUUAUAGAGAUAUCCGGGGACUGCACUAGAGGACGGGUUGUUGUACAGGAUUUAGAAUGCCCUUCUUCUGUCUGCUGGUCUGAAGAAAGAUCAACAUUGUAUGUAAGCAGCAUGGGUUGUAACAGUCAAGAUGAUGGUACUACAGAAGAUGACUUUAUCAGUAUGUUCAAAUUGACCAAAUAGGGGGUAUGAAGAUAAACAUUCUGGAAAUAAAGGAACCGAGAUUUCUUUUUUUGAUCUAUCCGGCAAAAUUAUAUAAAUGUUAUAGAACAUCUUGGUGAAAAAUAGACCAUAUUGGUGAAACAAUAGAACAUUUUGGUGAAACAAUAGAACAUAUUCGUGAAACAAUAGAACAUAUUGGUGAAAAAUAGAAUAUCUUGGUGAAACAAUAGAACAUAUUGGUGAAAAAUAGAAUAUCUUAUCUUGGUGAAACAAUAGAACAUUUUGGUGAAACAAUAGAACAUUUUGGUGAAACAAUAGAACAUAUUCGUGAAACAAUAGAACAUAUUGGUGAAAAAUAGAAUAUCUUGGUGAAACAAUAGAACAUAUUGGUGAAAAAUAGAAUAUCUUAUAUUGGUGAAACAAAAGAACAUAUUGGUGAAACAAUAGAACAUUUGCAAAGAGAAGUUAGUUAGAUAUUAACUUUUUUACUUUUUAAAAGUUGCAAGGUAUACUUAUGAUAACACAACCAAAUGUUGUUAGAUACAUGUUUCAUUGUUAACUUUAAUCUAUUCUAAAUAAUAAGAUUUUUAACACUUUUUUUAAUACUUUUUUUUAACAAUACGCCUCUUUCCUAGCAACGGUUACUAAUUAAUAUGCAACAACUCAGACAUUGUAAAUACUCCCAGUUAAAUAUUCCAUACAUUAAAAAUUAUAAAAGUAUGUUUUAAUUCUUAU